ACAAGAACGAAAGUGUACCAAUUUUUUAUAUCUUAAGACGAAGAAUUAAUACUUGUGUGAACGAUGGUGGAGGUCUCGUUGAACGUAUUAUAGAAAUAAGCAACGUUGAGAAUCUGUGAGAUCUCUCUCGCUUGUUUAUUUAAUAGACUGUACAAAGCGUAAUCUAUAAUGUCAUAUAUGUAACAGAGAAGGGAAAACAAUGAAAAAUACGUGCAUAUAAUGUUUAUGCGUGUGGAAAUAAUUAUACAUAUGUAUGUGUAUGUAUAUGGGUUUAGAAAGCAAGGAAGAUACACGAAUUCUUUGUAUUUACGAAAUACAAUUUACGAUAAAUAUAAAUAAGUGUACCUUAUUGUGAUUGUAUUGCGACUAUGUCAAAUGAAAUGAGACGUUUUUUCGUCGACGUAAAUAAUAAUUAAUUAUAAUAGGGUUAAACUAGAUUCAAGCGUUUAAUUAUAAGCAGUCUGCUCUCGCAAUAAAAUGAAAAGAGGAAGAACUGCACGUAACGAGAACGAUUUUUAAUUAUAUUUCGGUAUAAGAAGAAACUAUUUUGCACGAUGUACGGCCAGGAAUAUAAAAUCCUAGUAUUUUACUAACAUACUCCUUUUGUACAUAGAACUUCAUUCUCUAAACCUUUAUAUAAAAAAUUGUUUCCAAAUAAACCAUAGUGUCAAAAUUAAUCUACUUAUUUUUCAUCAUAAUCGUUACUGUGUUCUAAUUAUUUAUUCCUUAACCACCAUGUAUAUAUUUGUUCAAAUUUUAUUUAACACUCACAAAAAAGAUUUAAAUAACUAAGCAUGCAAUGUAUUCAUUUGCGAUUUCAUUUGUUAAUCGUAAUUAAAGAUUGAUUGACAAAUCUUUUUCAUAAAAUGAGUCUUAUCCAGAUGGAAGAUAAUGAUAGCAAAACAUAUACUCAAUCUGUCCAAAGAAGACUUGAAAGUAUGGUACAAUACAGAAAUGAUAAUUGGAAAAUGUCAUAUGGUUUUAUUAAUACUACUCAAAAAAACGUGGUUUUGCAACAAAAAUCGACCUAUCUACUCUGUACCUACAAAAAUAGGUUACAAAAUGCUUGCCCAGCUGACAUUAAACUGCUGAAACGUAACGUUCAGGAAGACUUAAAAUCAAAAUAUGACGAGUUAAAAUCUAAAGAUGUUGAUUUUGAAGAAUGUGAAACAGAUUUAGACAUACAUGCUAGUGAGUUAGCAAUAGAUCCACCAAAAGUGAAGAUUUGGAACGAAUACAGAAAACUGUUAGAAUUAUCAAGACAAAGACCAAAAUCAAAACUUAAGCAAUCAUUGAUACACGUGACAUCGUUACCAAAACUUUAUGUCAAUAAGUAUAUCUAUUAAAUAACAGUUAAAAACGUCGAAUUUCAUAAUCUUCGUAUUAAAUCUUCCGAACCAGGUCUUACUCCAAGCUACGAUCAGAUUUAAGCACUCGAGUGAAAAGAAGUAUACUAAGAUCUGAUACCCAAAAGAGUAUAUUAGUGGCCAACACGAAUUACGUGCAAUUUCGUAAUUUUAAAUUGAGAAAGAUGUAUAAGGUUCGCCUCGACUAAUUCCCAUUUAAUCCUUCGGCAGUGCAACGAAAUGAAAAAGAAUUUAGAAUAUCUUUUUUCGAAAAUAAUCGUCCCAUUGUCCUGAAGAUUUCCUAUAUGUCUGAUAUCAAACGUGAAAGAUACAUAUUUUCAAUUUUUUAUAGGAAAUAAAUAUUAAUAAUUGUAUGUCAUGUCAUGUAUGAGGAUGUAAAAUUUAAAAUAUUAUGUUUGAUUAUAGUAUGAAUUAUAAUACUAUAUUUGGUGAAUUUUAAGGAUCUCUCUUGAGUUGUACUCUUGAAGGGUUAAUUUUGCUGCGAUCAAACUUUAUUUUUUUAUAUUAGAACGUUUCUUAAAUGUGACACAAAUACAGAAGAAUUAUUGUUAAUAGGUUAAUGAUUUUUAUGCAUUGAUACGAAUAUUUAAAAUUUAAUAUAAAAUUUAAUACGCAGAAAUAAUAUUCA